UUUAGUUAAACUUAUCUAUUAUUUCAAUUGACUAGGUUUUUAAGUCAAGACUAUGUGAAAUUAUGUCAAAAUUUUUUGUUUUUGGAAUUCCUGCAAUUUUAAGGACAUUAUGUUACCGCCAGCUUGGAAGCAAUAUAUUGCAGGAUUAACAGCAGCUUUUGGAGCCACCGCUUUUGGGUCCUCGGGUGGAUGGUCUUCUCCUGUAGAGGGCAGAUAUAAAGACGGUUCAUCGGGUUAUCCAUUUCAACCCAACGAUAAUGAAUGGGGAUGGAUCAGUUCGCUGAUCACUCUGGGAGCAGCAUUCAUGAGUAUCCCUGCGGGAUUUAUAAUUUCUAAUUGUGGACGCAAAUCUACCAUGUUAUCACUUUCUAUACCCUUUUUGAUUGGCUGGUCAUUGAUAGGAUUCGCUCAAAAUGUUUACAUGGUGUACGGUGGACGCUUCAUCAUAGGUGCUUGUGGUGGAUCAUAUGCUGUUGCUGCUCCCAUUUACACCACCGAAGUGGCACAGAUUACCAAGCGAGGAGGAAUGGGUUGUUACUUUCAUCUGAUGGUUGUGCAUGGUGUCCUUUAUAGUUUCAUCUGUGGCGCCUAUUUGCCUGUGAAAGUGGUCAACUUGAUGUGUGGCAUAUUGCCUGUGGUGUUCUUUACCAUAUUCAUUUGGAUGCCCGAAUCCCCGGUAUAUCUUAUGCAAAACGGCAAAGUGGAAAGGGCAGAGAAGGCUCUGAGGUUUCUACGUGGCAAGGAUGCUGAUUUCACUGCUGAAUUGGCUGAAUUGGCAAAAAUGGCUGAGGAGGCCGAUAUGAAGAAACAUAGUGUUCGGUCUACCAAUGCUUUCUGUCACAAGAGCAUAUUGAAAGGCAUGUUUAUUGCCAUAAUGCUGAUGCUCUUUCAGCAAUUCUCUGGCAUCAAUGCCAUUGUUUUUUAUUCCACGCAAAUUUUUGAGUCUGCCAAUACUGGCAUCUCGGCCAAUCUUUGCACUAUACUACUGGGCAUCAUUAUGGUAUUGUCCACGGUUGUGGCAAUCUCUCUUAUCGAUCGAGUGGGGCGUCAGAUAAUUCUCCUGAUCUCUUCCUCUGUAAUGUGCUUCUCAAGCUUUGUUAUGGCCUGUUACUUUCAAUGGCUUCAGUCAAAGAACAUCGGUUGGCUGCCCGUUUUGGCCAUAUUGGUGUUCAUCAUUUCAUUCUCCCUUGGCUUUGGACCAGUUCCGUUCUUGCUAAUCGCCGAAUUGUUUGCUCAAGAUGUUAAACCAGUGGCCGGAUCCAUUGCUUGUACCUGCUGUUGGUUAUUUGCCUUUUGCGUAACCAAACUUUUUCCUCUAUGCUUUAAAACAUUUGGGGAGGCUGCUGUAUUUGCUAUUUUUGGUGUCUCAUCAUUAACGGCCUACCUAUUUGUUUUAGUCUUUGUGCCAGAAACGAAGGGCAAGACUUUAACUGAAAUUCAAGCCAUGCUUGGCGGCUGUUAUCCAGGCUGGAAACAAUACGCUGCAGGAAUGUCGGCAGCCGUGGGUUCUUUUUCUUUAGGUGCCUCGGUGGGCUGGUCGGGUCCGGUUGAAAGCAGGUAUAAGGAAGGAAAAGCGGGCUAUUCAUUUACACCCAACGAUGAUGAAUGGGGCUGGAUCAGUUCACUGCUCACCUUGGGGGCUGGUUUGGUAUGUAUCCCGAUUGGUGUAAUUAUUGGAAUAAUAGGACGUAAAUUGACCAUGUUGAUAUUGGUAUUACCUUAUAUGAUUGGCUGGGCUUUGAUUGGAUUCGACUUGAAUGUCACAAUGGUAAUGUUGGGACGAUUUAUUAUUGGUGCUUGUGGUGGCUCGUUUUGUGUCACUGCUCCAAUGUAUAACACCGAAAUCGCUGAAGUCCAGAAUCGUGGCAUGAUGGGAUGCUUCUUUCAAUUGUUUCUGGUGCAUGGUAUUCUUUAUGGCUACAUUUGCGGUGCCGUUAAUGAUGUGAGAAUUGUCACUUUCCUGUGUGCCAUUAUGCCAAUAAUUUUCUUCAUAACCUUCAUUUGGAUGCCGGAAUCUCCUGUGUAUCUUAUGCAGAAGGGCAAAACCGAGAAGGCCGAAAAGGCAAUGAAGUUUCUUCGGGGAAAGGACACUGACAACACUGCCGAAUUGAAUGAAAUGGCUGAGGAAACCAAAAAGAAGAACGUUCGGCUCACCGACGUUUUUUUUCAGAAGGCCACCAUGAAAGGCUUAUUUCUAUCUGUUUCUCUCAUGCUGUUUCAACAAUUUACUGGCGUCAAUGCCAUCGUAUUCUAUUCGAGUCAAAUCUUUGAAAGUGCCAAUACUGGGAUCUCGCCGAAUCUAUGUAACAUAAUACUAGGCAUUCUUAUGAUUCUAUCGAGUCUCAUGGCACUUUUUCUUAUCGAUCGAAUUGGACGCAAGAUGAUUCUGCUUAUCUGUUCCACAGUCAUGACCGGCUCACUUCUCCUUAUGGCCGGCUAUUAUCAAUGGCUUCAGUCAAAGAAUCUUGGUUGGAUCGGAACCUUGGCAGUUUGUAUCUUCGUGGUUUCAUUCUCAGGUGGUUUUGGACCAGUUCCUUGGCUAUUGACAGCCGAAUUAUUUGCCGAAGACGCGAAAACUGUGGCGGGUGCCAUUGCAUGCACUUCCAAUUGGCUCCUUGCCUUUUGUGUUACCAAACUCUUUCCACUUUGUGUAAAUGAAUUCGGUGAGGCUGUGUGUUUCCUAUUUUUUUCUAUAAUGUCGAUAUUGGCCUUUGUUUUCGUAUUGUUCCUAGUGCCCGAAACAAAGGGCAAGACUUUAAACGAAAUUCAAGCCAUACUUGGCGGAUGAAAAUGUAGUAAAAAUUAGCUCCGAAAUAACCCUUGAAUAAAAUGUGUAAAUUUAUAAUCUAACCUUCAUGUAAUAAAAGCGCAUUCAAAACUAA